CGCAGUCACGUAUUUCACCCGCUGGGAGAUGAAAUACGCCGAUCAUAAACACAGACACCAAGGAUUAGAUUAAAGGCACCUCUUGUAAAAGCAUAAUUCGUCUGGACCUGGCUUUGUGAAAACAUGUUCAAGAAAUUAAAGCAAAAAAUAAACGAGGAACAGUCACCCCAAAGGAAUGCGCAGGCAACUCAACAACAGGCCCAGGCGGGCCCUGGUGACCAGCGCAGUCGAGCCUCGUCCUUGCGCCAAGACGAUGGCCAAGCCUCAGCAACAACAAGCGACAGAGAGCUGUUAGCCGGGAUGAUAGCUGAGCCUGCUUUUCUCUCUGAGUACACUAUCUUUGCUCUGGACCAUUCCAAAAGACCCAAAGGGGCCCAGGUGGCCUGUGCGAACGCCACUAAAAGCAUCACCGCAUCGCCCAAACUCGGAGGAAACGUGAAUGGCAAUGAAAAUGCUUCGCCCCAGUCUUUUGCUCAGAAGCUGCAGCUGAAGGUGCCUUCCAUGGAGUCUCUGUUCCGCUCUCCCGUGCGAGGGGAAGGGCUAUUCCGUGCCUCUUCCCGGGAGAACCUCACCCGCAGCUCUUCCCGGGAAUCACUCACUCACCUGGGGGAAAACGAGUCUCCGGGAACUCCUGCCUACGACCCCCCAUCAGACAUCGAGAGCGAAGCGGAGGAUCUGCCUAGCAGCAUGGACACUCUGUCGAAGGAACAGCUUCUGCAUCGACUGCACCAGGUGGAGAGGAGCUUGGGGAAUUACCGUGGGAAGUACUCAGAGCUGGUCACUGCUUAUCGGACAGUACAGAGAGAAAAAGAGAAAACUCAGGUCAUUCUGAGUCAAAGCCAAGAUAAAGCAUUGCGAAGAAUUGGAGAGCUGAGAGAGGAACUGCAGAUGGACCAACAAGCAAAGAAGCACCUGCAGGAGGAGUUUGAUGCAGCCCUGGAGGAGAAGGACCAGAUGAUCACAGUGUUGCAGACACAGGUAGCCCUGAUGAAGAAGCGGGUCCAGAGAAUUCCUGGAGGGGGAGUCUCUUCCGAGUCUGCUCCCACGCAGGAGGCGCAGGAGGUGGAGAUUGCCCCUGCACAGGGAUCUCAGGAGGCAGAGUCUACAGCACAAAGCCCCUCCAAAAACAUGAGCAGCGAGACAACUGUUCUGAAUGAGGAGGGAGACACUGACCCUGCAAAGAAGAAUGAGGCCCUGCAGCAACGUGUGAGGAGGCAGGAGAAUCUCUUACAGAAGUGCAAGGAGCUCCUGCACACACACAAGGAGCGCAGCACCCAGCUGAGCAGUGAGAACGAGACGCUUCACAACCAGCUGCAGGAGCGGCUCCAGGAGCUGGAGAAGACAAAGGAGCUUCACACUACAGAGAAAACGAAGCUCAUCACACAGCUUCGCGAUGCCAAAAACCUCAUCGAGCAGCUGGAGCAAGAUAAGGGCAUGGUGAUUGCUGAGACCAAGCGGCAGAUGCACGAGACACUGGAGAUGAAGGAGGAGGAGAUUGCACAGCUGCGCUCACGGAUCCAGCAAGUGGCAGCGCAGAGGGACGAGCUGCAGGAGCAGAAGGAGAAGUCUGAGAAAGCCGCAUUUGAGGAGUUAGAAAGAGCUCUGGGUGUGGCUCAGCGGGCGGAGGAGGGGCGGAGGCAGCUGCAGGCUCGGAUGGAGGAGCAGGUGAAAGAGGUGGAGCGAGCCAGCGAGGAGGAGAGGAAGAACCUGCAGCAGGAGCUGUCCCGUGUCAAGCAGGAGGUUGUCAGCAUCAUGAAGAAGUCGUCUGAGGACAAGGUGACAGAACUGGAGCGCCUGCAUGUGGAGGCUCUGGCCAGUAAGGAGACAGAGCUUCAGGCCAGGCUGCAGGAUCAGGAGGCCCGGGUUCAAGAACAGAUCAGCCUGGCUGUGGAGGCCUGUCGGAAAGAGCUGACUCAAGCCCUUCAGGAGAAGGAGCAGCAGGCGGCUCUAGCUCUGGAGGAGGCGGAGCUACAGAAGACUGCUGUCCAGAAGGAGGGACAGGGCUAUGCCCAGGGGCUGCAGCAGGAGCUGGAGACUGCCAGGACUAGAAUUCUGGAGCUGGAGAGCUCCUUGAAGAGUUCCCAGGACUCAAUGGCACAGUCAAAUGUGCUAUCAGAGGGGAUGGAAGAGGAGAGGAAGAAACAUGUGGAGGAGAUGUCUGCACUGGGGCUGAAGUACGGAAAAGAGCUUGAGGCCUUGGGCCAGAACCAGCAGGUGACUCUAAAGGAGUUGCAAGACAAGCACCAAGCUGAGUUGGAGGUUGCCGUGAAGGAGAAAGAGCAGCAGUUUCAGGAACAUGUGGAGGGAAUGAACCUGAAGUGCCUGGAGAAGUUGGAUGUGAAACAGAUGGAGCUGGAAUCUCUGUCCGCGGAACUCUCAGAGUUGGUGAAAAGCAAGGAGCUGUUGAUGGAGCAGCUGGAGGCCUUCAGGGAUGGCUCUGAUGCAGCCGGGAAAGAGCUGGAGAUACGGCUCCAGCAAGAACGUUCCAAGUACCAGGAGGAGAUUGAGGGCAUCAAAUCUCAACAUGAACAGUCUCUGGGAGGAGUGGAGAAGACCCUGAAGGAAGAACUCAACAAGCUGAAGAUGGUCCUGGAAGAUAAGGAUAAAGUGCUAGAAGAGCUCUUAGCAAGAGAAAAGGACCUUAAAGAAGCAGAGGCAAGAGCUCUGGAGCAAGGGAAGGUUCAGUUGGAACAGCUGGCUGUUUCUCAUCGGAAGAACAUUGAAGAAUGGGAAGAACAGAGCAAGGUGAUGAAGGAGGCUGGGAAGACAUGUGAGCUGGAAUUGGAAGAGCUCAGGCAAAGUCUGCAGAAAGCCCAUUCCGAGAAAGAGAUUUUGCUAGAAGCAAGUGCUCAGCAGAAUGAGGCUAUAGGUGAGCUGGAACGAUGUAGGAGUCAAAUGAAAGAUCUUGAGAAGCUGCUGGAGGAAACCAGGAGUGUUUGGGAGCAAAAGUUAGAGUCUCUUCAGCAGAAAUAUUCAGCUGAGGAAAAGGAGCUGAAGAUUCAGAUAGAGCAAUCCAAAAAUGAGCUUUUGGAAAGUGAGAGGUCCUUCAAGAAAACACUGGAUACACAGCGCCAGGUGGAGGAGCAGCUAAAAAAGACGCUGGUGGAAGAGGCAGCUGCUGCUGAGAAGAGGCUGGUAUCCACCAGGCAGGAGCUGGAGGAAAGAGUAAAAGCACAGGACACCAAGAUGGACAAACUCAAGCUGAAGUUCAAAGAGAUGCAAGAGAAGAUGAAAAAACGACUGCAAGAGCAAGAAGAGAAGAUGAAAGCGGAACUUCAGAAGAAAGACCAUGCACUGACUCUGAAAGAUCUGCAGGUGAAGGAAAAGAUCCUGGAGGUGGCUCAGGCGAGUUCAGCUGGCAUUGACGAUACAGUCACCCAGCUGGAGGCUGGUCAUCAGGAGCACCUGGAGAAGCUUCAGGUAGUCCACAGGAAGGAGCAGGAAGAGCAGGCUCAGAGCUGGCAGACUAAGCUGAGUCAACAGGAAGAGGAGGUGCUGGAGAAGGCUCAGGAGCUGGCAGAGGUCACCCAACAGCUGGAAACCUCCAAGGCAGUGAAUGAGCAGGUCCUGCAGGAAAUAAAAGACCUCAGGGAGGAGCUUGUGAUGCGGGAAACCACAGUGCAGAAGCUGCAGGCGGAACUCAGGGAAGCUGCCGUCUCUUUGGAGAGCUUGUCACAAGGAGAAACUAUGCUAAAGGUGCAAGUAGAGACUUUGGAGAAGAACCUCAACCAGGCCCUCAGUGAGAGGAAUGCUCUUCAGGACCAAAUGAAUAAAGCUGAAGAGACACAAACAGAAAAGGUUCUGGAUCUGUCAAAGAAGCUUGAAGACGCCCAAAGCAAGUUUAAUGUUCUGGAAGCUUCCAGCUCUAAAGAAGCUCAGGAUCUUCACAAAAGACUGGACCAGAGUGUCCUACAAAUCAAAGCCACCGAAGAUGCCUUUAAUAGCCAGAUCACUAUGAUCAACAAAGAGUUAGUCCUUAAGUGUGCUGAAAUACAGAUGACAAUGGAGGGCAGGUAUAAUGAACUGCAUCAGACAGUAGAGGGCAGGGUCACAACAUUGAAAGACCGUGUAAUUUGCAGCCAGAAGCGGGUAGCACAGCUUAAAAACGCCAUCCUCAUCAGGACUGAUAAAAUCAGUUCUUUGGAGGAACAGCUUCAGAAAAAGAAUAUGGAGAACAAUGCUUUAAUAAGUUCACUUGAAAACAUGACAUUCCAGGUGACUUCAAAUGCAGAACAUAUUAAAGCAUUGACAAGUGAAAAGGAAUCUCUACAAAGAGAUGGUAAUGGCACCUCGCAAACUCUUUCCGAGAAAGACCUUUGCAUUGAGCAACUGAAGAAGGGCAAUGUCGCCCUUUCAGAAGAUCUGGAAGCUAAAGAUUUGCAUAUCAGCAGUUUGGAAGGCAUAAUAAAUGAGUUGAAAAUUCAGGUAGAAAGUACCAUAGCAGGGAAAGAAGAGGUGAUUUCAUUGCACAGUGAGGAGCAGCAGAAGCUUUUAAACCAAAUGGAGGAACUGUCAAAGACUGUAGAGAUACUCAACAAGGAGAAAACGUCCACUCUGGAGCAGGCAGAGCAAUACAAGAACAAACUGUCCGAGUUCAAAAGGAAAGCUGAAUCCAAGUUCUCCCAAAACCACAACACCAUCAAGGCCUUGCAGACCAAAUUGGAGGAAUCCGAGAAACAGGUAGCAGAGAGGGAUGUGCGACUAGAAUCUUUGGCCACCCGCAUCAACAGUGAGGCCACCAGUAAGUCGGAGGCAGACCAGGCACUGAGCGAAAAAGAGCAGAGCAUCCUCGCGCUGACCGCGGAGCUGAUGAACAGCGCCGGCAGGAUAGCAGAGCUGGAGGAGAAGCUGGCGGAACAGGCAAAGGAGUGCGCGCAGCUGAACUCGGAGACCCAAGCAGCUCGUCAGGGCCAAGAGCUACAGAGGGAAGAUUUCAAGGCUGAACUUCUGAAGGCCAAAGACGAGGCCCUUAGGGAAGCUGAUGAAAGGCUCUCAUCUGAGAGCACCGGCAAACUGGCGGAGCUGAAGAAGAAGGCUGAGCAGAAAAUCGGCCUUAUUCGGAAGCAGCUGACCACGCAGCUAGAAGAGAAGGCGGAGUGUGUGAGAGCUUUGGAGGUGCAGCUAGAGGAAAUCAAGCAGGACAUGAACACAAGGGAGAAGUGCACUAAAAAGCUGAAAGAGCAGGUUCAGUCCUUGGAAGAUGCCCUGGCACAAAAGGGCGAGCUGGAAAAGCAGGUGGAGAACACGAGAGCCGAGGGUGAAUUAGAGACGGAGAGAUCUUUGCAGAGCUUGAGGGAGAUGUAUGAAGAGAAGCUAAGUGCACUCCAAGGAGAAGUGGCCAGCCACGAGAACACGAUAGCAGUGAUGCAAGAAAGGGAAAAGGAAAAGCUCUCCUCUCAAGAGGAAAUGCAUGCCAGGCUUGAAGAGACCCUGAAGAAACUGAAGCAGGCAGAGGAGGAGAACACCAGUCAUCAGGUUGAGAUUGACAGACUGAACGUACAGAUCCUUCAGCAGAAUCCACAGGCCCCGAGGCAGGAAGUGCUGACAAUGACUUCUGCUGAGCCCCUGGGGCUGAGACAACCAAAAGCAGAAAAGCAGGAAGGAUAUGAAUGCAGCAUGGAGGAAGAGAAGAACAGUGUGGGAGAGAUUGAUGCCUGUCUGGUUGACCAGCUGAAGAGUCUGAAACAGGACAGGGACUCCUUAGUGGAAACCUAUGAGCUGACGCUCCAGGACAUGCAGAAACAGCUGAAGGCUUAUGAGGAGGGGUCACCUGAGAGGGCAACUGCUGACCCUGAGGGUCUGCUGAGCGAGAUGAGGGCAGAGCAGAAAUCCCUGCGCAGUCAACUGUCUGAGGCAGAGACUGAGAAGCAGAAGUUGCGCAAGUCCUUCAGCAGCCUGCAAAAAGACCUGCGCACCCUGCGCAAGGAGCACCAGGUGGAACUGGAGUAUCUGAAAAAAGAGAUGGUUGAAGAGUACGACAAGAAACUGAAGCUGGAAAUGGAGGAUAUGGAGAUGAAGCACAGUUCAGGACUGAAGCAGUUAAUGAGGGAAUUCAACACACAAAUUGCUAAGAAGGAGCAGGAACUGGAGUCUACUGUCAGAGAGACUGUGGGUAAAGCCCAGGAAGUGGAAGUUGAACUGUUGGAGAACCACAGAGAAGAGGCAAGUCAACUGCAGAAGGUCAUCGCUCAGAAGGAUGAUGAUCUCAAGAGGACAGUGCAGCGAUAUGAGGAAAUCCUGCAGAAAAGAGAGGAAGAGAUGGGUGCACGAGUGUGGGAGGUGCAGAAGGAACUGGAGGAGCUACAGCAAAGUACUCAGAACAGUCCACAGGGGUCUCUCACAGAGCUGCAGGCUCAGCUCGCACAGAAGACCACCCUGCUGAGUGAGGCCAGGCUGAAGGAGCAGGAGUUCCAGGAAACGAUCCACACACUAGAGGACAAAUUUCGAUGUGUCCACAAGAACUCAGUGGUGACUCACCUAGGAUCUGCAUAUGGAGAAGCUAAACACUACGGUUUCGAUGCCUUGGCGGAACCCACAGAGUUUGAGUACCUGAGGAAGGUUCUGUUUGAGUACAUGAUGGGCCGAGAGACUAAGACCAUGGCCAAAGUCAUCACGUCGGUGCUCAAAUUCCCCCCAGACCAGACUCAGACCAUCAUGGAAAAGGAAGACUCCAGAACACUUACAUGGCUGCGCUGAAAUUUUACUGACUCCUUACUGAGGUACAUGAUGGAAUUUGGGGAGGAACUGCUGCAAGAUCAAGUUAAUGUGGAGCUCUACAGCUGAUGACUUGAACUAAACUGAUGUUUGUCCUCUUGUCUUGGGGCGUGUGUGCGUGUGUGUGUGCGUGUGCGUGUGCGUGUGCGUGUGUGUGUCUGUGUGUGUGGUAAACAGUGCAUGGGAAUGGAUAUAAUAUCCCAGGGAGUAGUAAAUAAGCAGAGAUUCUGGCCCAUAGAAAUCCUUCAUAUCUAGAUUGGGGCUGAUAAUAAUGCUUUUUAAAACAAUGGUUGAUAGUCAAAGGUUUAUGCUUCAGUUUGUUUUUUCUGUUUCUUUUUUGGUUAAGGUAUUUUCAAUAGUGCAAUAAAUCUUUUUUAAUUUUAUUUAAUUGUUUUCGGUUACUUUCUCUCUGUGUAAGCUGGAUCUCCUCUUCCGUCUGCUUUCAAUGAAAAUGACACUGGACCCCAGUACCUUGUUUGUUACCACUGCUUUUGUAUUUUAUAUUUUAUGGAUAAAUGCAGUCUGAUGGAAAUGCUUAUUCUAUUGUAAAUUGUAAAUAAGGAAUUUAAAUCUGUAUAUUAAAAUCUGGGCAUAUUGUGAUUGUUGCUAUAUUAAUACAUUUACAGACAAGCUAAUAAAGUUUUAUUUACAGUACA